GUCCCUUUAAAAUACAGCGUUUAUGGUAAGAAAUCUCACUAGAUGACCAACUAAAAUGCUGUUAAGCUAAAUGAAAUGCAAAUUUUUGCCCACAACAUAGCAUGUUCCGUUUUAACUUAGGCUGUAUAAAGAAGUCUAAGGUUAUAUAUACAAUCUAUGGUUUUAACGUGACUUUUGUUCGGAAUAACAUUGAAGAUUGUUGAGUGAUUCUUUUCAAGCAACAGUGAGUCACUCGGUGUUUGAACAUAUCGUCCGGAUGAGUGCGGUCUGAUGUGUCCCGGAGGCUGCUGUCAUGUCCCAGACCAACUCCUCUCUCCUGGACGAGGUGGUGCAGUGGAGUCCGGAAACAUGCCGCCAGGAGCUCAAGUCUGUGCUCCCCAAGCUCGCCUCCUUGCACCACAAAUCAGAAAGCUGGGAUGAUCAUAUACGUAUUCUGAAGGUAAUCACAGAUAUGUUUCUGCCCCACAUUGGUUUGUCCGAGCUGGAAGAUGAGUGCUUCUCGAAGGUCCUUCCAAAGGCUGCCACAGUGUUUGACAGCAUGUUGAAAGAGAUUUUAGACCAGGUUGGAGGGUUGUCCAGCCAAAACACAGAACUUUGUGCUUUUCUCAGAAGACUACUGGAGUCAAUGAUGCAGUUAAUUGAUUCCCUGUCAGCUUGUGUGCGGCAUGUGGGGUCGUUUGAUGAAGCUCCAUAUUUAGAUACCAUUCGUUCUUUACCAACUUGUGUCCUGAAAAUUCUUAAGGACACAUUUCAACAUUGUAAGGACAGUGAGGUGGUUUACUGUGGCCGCCUGUCCCUAGUGGCUGAUCUUCUCCAGGCCCUGUUUAAAGCAGCUUACUCCCUGCAGAAGGGCCUUUUGGAGAUUUUGGACCGUGUUUCUUUGGACAGCAGUGCCUCAGAUGAAGAAGUCUCUGACAUUGUUACUGUCAUCCACAGUCUGCUGGAUAUUUGCUCAAUCAUAUCCAACCUGGACGUAGCGCUUCAUGCCAACACAUGGAAAUUUCUAAUCAAACACAGCCUAAAGUAUCACUCACUGGUGGAGGAACAUCUUCAUCAUAGAGACAUCAGCGCUGCCCUGUGUGAUAACCUGUCAUCAUCUUUUCAAUAUUGUCUGGAGAUGGCUGAACAGAUGCAGUUUUCUAGUUUGCAGGAGACAUCACAAACUGCUGAACAAAAGUUGUUUCAGAAAUCUGCAAAGAUGUGCAGAUUCUUUGGGAACACAUUAGUUCAUUACAUAAAGGAGUUUGGAUCUUUUAUGACAAAGUGUUGCCACCACUUUUAUCAACUCUACCUCCAGAUUUUAAGUAAGUUCCCACCAAACCUGAGCUCGCCUCUGCUGCCUCCUGGUUUGUCUGAGGAGCUAAAUGUUGCUGCCCGGAUCCCUCUGGAUGCACUAUUGUUCCAACUACUGCCAUUACGGGCCUUUGCUGAAGCUGCCCUCCAGCCUAAUUUAAAAUUAGUUCCUGAGCAUGAGCUGUCUCAGUGCCUUUUGUUGGUGAGUGUCAUGGAUCAGCUGGGCUCUCAACCAGAGGAUGUGCAGCAGCUGUGGUACACUGGAAGUCUCUUCUCAGAGGAAAUACAGAGGCUUCCUUUAUAUGAAGCUGUGUUGAGUAGCUUCCGGCGGUGCUACACAGAGUGCAGGUUACCGGUGCUGUUGCCAGGGGUAAUGAUGAACGGUCAGGCUCAGGCUUCGGUCACUCUUCACCAGCAUGUUUGUGUUCAUCUUUGUGCCAGUGUGGCUGCGCUCCAACCUGCUUACUUUUCAUUGCUGGAGCAGUGUUUAGUCCGUUUUGUUUUACAGCCUGACACUCACUGUGCUUUGUUGGCAAUAGAUACUUGGUGUUUCACAGUACGGUAUGGGACAGCAGAACUAUGUCUGCAUCAUGCCCUCCUCAUUGGUCAGCUGAUGAAAAAUGUCCCCACUGAGUCCUAUCAAUGCUCCCACCUGGGCCUGUUGCUGAGGCGAAUGGCUUUCCUCUUGACACCAAAUCAUCAGAUAGAGUUUGUGAAGCAGUUCCCACCAUCAGUGAUGGACAAUCUGCCUGUGUGGAGUCAUGUCCUCCUGAAAGCUUUUUCUCAGGAAACGCAGUGUAAAAUUCAGUCUGGCAUUGUCAAGCUUGCUCAAAAGAGCUUGGAUGACUGGCACAAAGAUGACUAUAAGCUAGGACAAGUUAACAAAAUGAACCUUGUACUCUUAGGCCUCCUAGUGGUGGCUAGAGGGCAGAUGACUGUAGAAGAGCAAUACAGAGAAACUAUUGGAAUGAUGAUUACCCAGAUUUGGUUACGAAUGAAUCCAGACCAGAUAAAAUCACAUGCAGUGCUCCAAUGUACUCUGGAGCUCCUCCUGUUAAUAUCUUCAAUUGUGGUGAAGAACAUGGAGUCUCAAGUCAUUUGUCAGGUCCUGUUGUGUGUGGAGGCUGUGGUGUCUGUUAAGUCUGUGGAUGAACUGCUGCUGGCCACUCUGGAGUUUUUGUCCUCAUUGGGAAAGAUAUUUGUCCCACCUGACUUUCAGAGCCAAAUUCUGCCAAGAUUAAGCAGCCUUUUUAGGGUGCUUCUUAUAAGCUCGCCGUGGUUAGUACAGCACCAUGCACUAGAAGCAUUUUCCCGAUUUGCAGAGAGCACAAAUCAUGAAGAGGUGAUUUCUCAGAGUCUGUCUGAAGAAGAAACUAAGGCAAUGGUGGUCAACUAUCUGAGUAAGACUGUCAGAGAACAAGAAGGACCAACAAGACUUGAAAGACUCAAAAUGGAGACUAUGGUGAUAGACCAGUUUAAUGAAAAGCUUGAGAGUGGUGACUAUGGUCCAAUGAACCUUUCAGAGGAAACCAUUGCUGAAGUUGAGCCAUGUCCAAAAAGGCCUCGUCAGGAGACCAUUGAAGAGGAUGACUGUAGCAGACACCUCCAAACUGCGGAGCGUGCUCUUAAAGCUCUACAGCGCCUGCUACAGGACAAAAAUGACGCUCACCUGAAACCUCAGUGGUUGGAGUGCAGACUUACAGAGUUACACAAUCUUAUAUCUGACAUCAGUCAAGCCAAUCACACUUCAGAGUAGAAUUUUCCUUAAUUUUGGUGUUCAAAUGUUCACUUGUCUUUUUAAAGAAUUUAUUAUAGUUUAAUAAACUUUUUAUUCCAAAAUCUA